UGCUGGAAAAGUACGCAUCAAAGUUAUCAACACCACGGCAUGGAAUGGGCAAAUCUUGCCGCUGGAUAAAACAGCCAAGGUCCUACCAGUCUGAUCACAUCUUGGACUGCGGUUGGCGUCUGGACCUUCAACGCCACGACUCGGGCCUAGAGCUCGAUGGCAUUUCGUAUCAACAUUGGCUGUCCAUGGCGGUCCUUUGGGCGUCGCUGGUUGCCGUUUUGAAGCAUCACAUGUAUCGGCAACCACCCUACUGGACACCACCCAACCAGUGUCCUUGCUCGGAGCGUGGUUCCUCCCAGCCAGUCCCUGCCUUUGCUAUCCCACCUCAGACCACUUGCCAAGGACGUCCCUUUGACUACCACCACAGGUCCCUGUCGCUACCGCCUGCCGCCCAAGUACGCCGUGCAUGCCGCACUGUAUUGAUGAGGUCACCGCCCAGCCCUCGUCCGUCGAGUCGCUUUGUUGCAAAAAUUCAGACAUUUCGGAUGCGGUACCGGGACAUUCUGUAACAGGCGGGCAAUUCAUAUGUGUAGAGGUGAGGGCAUCUUGAUGGGAGUAGUACUUGUAGUCUGCUGAUUCAACAGAAUCUCGGAGUAAGCAAACUUUAUUCCUCGAGAUGAAGUAAAUGGCUUUUGCCCAAGUCCGGGUACGAGGGGCAAGCCAAUGUGUGUGCGAGUAGGUAGAAACACGCUUCCGGUCUUUUGACAUGGCCACCAAAACAGAGCAGGACCAAGGGGACGUGACUUGCCUCUUGUAACUGUAUUUUUUUUUAUUUUUAUUUUUUCAGUUCUUUCUUCACUUGCUCCCCCUGGGCAUUUACCCUGCCACCUGCCAAAAGAGACCGCCAGACGCAAGUGAAGUCUCUUUUCUUUUUACCUGAGUGCCGGUCCCCAUUCCCUUCCCUUGUUUUUAUCCACUUUCACUUCUUUUUUCCCUCGUCCACAUCUGUCUGCGCGACUGCCCAAACCAAGCAAAAGCACAGCAAAGCAAAGCCCUUUCUCUUUCCCUCGCCAGCGUCGAAUACCCAAAGACCUAAUCGACUCGCACAAUUGGGUUUCAUCAAACUCGCUCCCCACCGCUCAAAAGGCUUGAUUUCCGGACGAUUCUCCAUAUUUCACCUGGGAAAUUUUGGGAGGACCCUCCACCAUUGCAAUCCCACAAUUCCCACAAUCCCAGCUCGGUCCCCACCAGGCUGCUCCCAGGAGGUACCCAACGGCUGCCAGCCAGGAACUGUAUAACCCACCCACUGCCCGCCGGCCGCCAUCAGCAAGUACCUGACAGCUCCCCUCACACACCACCCCCCCAAAACCCAAAUCCAGCAGCACAAAAAGAGGCAGUCUCCACCCGACUUUCCACUCAAACCUCUCCAUUUCUCUCCACUCACCACAUCUUUUUCCUUUGAGCCUCAACUUUCCGCUUAAGGUAGGGUAUUCUCCACCCACGAGCACCACCACCACCGACACGCGCCAACCUUUGACGACGACGCAACAUCGCGACAAUUGUUGCACAGCCAGAUCACCGUCCGGCGCAUUGUAUCUGACCUUCCAUCAGAAGCCUGUCGUCCCGGUUCCGAGUCCUGCGACAGCCGACAAAGGAACAAACAGCUCUUGCUGCCUGCCCCCUUCUGCCCAAGCGAGAGCGCGCGCCGACUGAGGCAUAUCAUCAACCCCCGUGCACACGACGCGUUGUUGCAUCGCCCGUCCUCACGAGUAGCACCGACUACUCUUCCCCCAACGCGCGCAAAAGAGCCCUUCGACGCCCCCCAAGGCCUCGGAUGGUUAUUCUGUGCUCGCCACUUUAAGGUAUUUGUGUGACGGAUUAUGGAAGGUCUGCCAAACGGCUCGGCGAAUGUCAUAAACACGUCGACGGCUUCGUAUUCCUCUCAGCCAGCCGUGUCACAGCAUCCCAUCCAGCAGCAGCACCAGCAGCAGCACCACUCCACGGGCCUCCCUCCGCAGACCCUGCCGCCGCUCCAACCCAGCCAUCCGGCUAUGCAACAGCCUCCUUACGGGAACUAUCCCCACGGUUCUCGGACGCCUUCCGCUCCCAAUACUCCCGUCACCAACAACAUGGCCAGCUACCCGCCUCCGCCCAACCAAAGUGCUGGACGCGGCGCUGGAAACUACCCCAUGAUGAACAACAGCUAUCCCACUCAGGGCUAUCCCGCCAGCACCUCCACCAUGAUGCCGAACACCACGGCCGCUGCCGCGCAUCCUCAGCCAAUUGCCCCGGCCCCAUCUCCGGCCGGCGCCCGGGCUCCACCUGUUCUCCGCCCGAUGCCGGCUAGCGGAAUGCCGCAGGCUGGCAUUAGCUCCCCCUACGUUCAGAGCCCCAUGAUGGGCCAGAACGGCAUGCUGCCCGAGGGUGGCGACCAGCCGACUCACGUUGUCGGUUCCCAGGGCCGCAGAGGCAUCCUCCCUAGUGCUCCGGGCCGGCCUGCCGCUCCUGCUCCUGGCACCACCGCCAAGAACCCGAUCCCCCAGAAGGAUGCGGACGGCAAGUUUCCUUGCCCUCACUGCACCAAGACCUAUCUUCAUGCCAAGCAUCUGAAGCGUCAUUUGCUCAGACACACCGGCGAUCGCCCCUACAUGUGUGUCCUGUGCCGCGACACCUUCUCGCGUAGCGACAUCCUCAAGCGUCACUUCAUCAAGUGCUCGGUUAGACGUGGCAACCCUACGGGUGCGAGCCAUUUGUCUCACCCGCAGGCGCACGUCAAGAAGAAUGCUGCUGCUCAGCAGAAGGCCAUUGAAGGUGAGGUGAACCACAUGAAUGGCAUGCCCAGCAUUCCGGGUGACGGAAUGGUGCAGCAUCCAUUUGGCCUGAUCUCUGCCCCCGAGGCCAUGACCAACAUGGCCAACGAUCAGAAUCAAUUGUCGAGAUCGAGCAGCAUUAACCGAAUCGAAGACGCCAAUCGCGAUAGGAGAAGCAUGACUGGGUCUGUCAUGGGCGCGUCGACGCGUCCUGGCAGCUUUGACCAGACUUAUACCGGCGGCGACGUUUCGAACAACAUGACGGCCAACAUCAACCCCCAGCUGGCGAACUACAGCAUGCCCCAGAACGGGACCGGCAUGCCCUUCCUCGGCGGCCAGGGCGGCGAUCAGUGGGCGCAGAUGUUCUCACAGGAGAAGGCGACCGCGGCCAAGCCCGAUCCUAACUCUGGCUCUGCGCGAGCGGUUGGCAUCAUUCCGGGCGACACAGCCACCGACUCGUCUACAUUCCCCUCGUGGGGAAUUCCGCCCUCGUAUCCUAACGCCUAUCAUCACCUGUCCCGCAGAAUCAUCGAGUUUUUGUGCCCCACCUCUGAUCCCACUAAUCCCACUGCCCAACUCGUCAACCAUCAUUUCCAGCCCGACAACAUUCGACAUUUCUUGGAACAGUAUACCAACUAUCACGUGCACUUUGCUACCGUCCACAUUCCCACGUUCCGCGCCCUGGACGCCUAUGUCGGCCUUUUGGCUGCCAUGUGCAUCGUAGGCGCGUGCUACUCGGACCGAACCCCCCCGGACAACAUUCGGGAGAUUAUGGAAGUGCUCAGGACCUCGUUUGAAAGCUCAUCUCUUUUGUUCAGGGCUUCACUGGCUCAGGAUGAGGGAUUUGCGCAAACCUAUGACUGGGCAUCCAACUCGGCCCUGGAAGAGUUCCAGGCAAUCGCACAUGUUCAAGUUUUGUUUACCUGGCACGGUACCGCAGCCCAACGCCAGAGAGCUCGGCGAAUUUGGCCUCUAAUUGCCAAUCUGGCUCGCAAGGCUGGAUUGCUACACCUUUCGCAAGGAGAAUCGUCUUUCAGCCCUCUCCACCAGUCAAGCUUUGCCUCGCAAAACUUCCCAGUUUCGCAGUUUGAUUGGCAACGCUGGGUGGGCCAGGAGGCUCGUGUCAGAACUAUGUAUCUUAUUUUCAUCUACGACGCGGCUUUGGGGCUCUAUUUCAACUGCGGUCCCGAGUUCACCCCAUUCGAUCUUCGGCUCCCUCUCCCUGCGGAUGACGCAGCGUGGGAGGCGAGCAACGCGGUUGAGUGUGCUGAAGCUCUGGGGCUCUGCGGGCCUGCAGCUGCCGAAAGACGAAAUCCCGAUGGCACUCGACGUACGACACAACCCGAAAUGCGCAUGGUUCUCAAGGCGUUGCUCGACAACAACUAUCGAGUUUUGCCGGGGUCGACCAAUCUCUACGGGAAAUUCAUUCUUAUUCAUGCCCUACUCGACAUCAUGAGACAGGUUCAAUUGGAGGGCAGGAAUGCCAUCAGUCGAUCUAGCACCCCUUUGCCAACCAACGCCUGGUUUGUGGAUGCGCAAGGAAGCUCUGUUCCGCAUGGUAGUGGUCGCACGACUCCCACGGAUAUUGCUGCGAACCUUGUCGAUCCGCAGACUUUGAAGACGUUGAUAACGGCUUUGGACAAGUUCAAGGCAAACUGGGAUCAUGACAUGGCGGUCCAGUUCCCUCCAUCGGCCGCGGCAUAUCUUGGACGGUAUGGAUUCUGCAGGGACGGCAUCCAUUUUUACUGGCUGGCGACCCAUCUUUUGAGGACAACACGGCACGUCGAUCUCGUUAUGAACCCCGAUCAACGAUUUGCGCGCGUCAUCCACAUGCUAAAGUCGGUCAAGAAUUGGGUUCUUACAGACGGGGCUGCGCGGGGGGAGGAUAUGGGAUCAGUGGGGGACAUCGAUGAGGCAUACGGUGCGGUGGACACGACACUGGACAUGACUCAACUAUUCAGGCGUCUCCCCUAUACGACGAGGUAGUCACUCGUCCGGAAAUGCAACUCGGUAGCGGAGAAAAAGAGAGGAAUAUCGGCAUAAUAGCGACCCAGUGUGCUGGGCACCGUUCAACAAACUGCAUCAACGGCGUUUUAAUGCUCAUUUUGCUUUCUCACAGUCAAUGGGGUGGUCUCGUUUAGUCUUGUAUUCAUGGUUUUUCCUGCGGUUUCUCUGCUUUUUUCCUCUCUUUUGUGUUUUGCGAGCUGAAAGUGGGUUUUCCGAGCUUAUGAUGAUCUGGGUGUUCCUCUACCUCCGAUACACGCACGGGUGACACAUCCCCCAAAAGUUUCGAUUCCCCCUCCGUUUGCAUCAGAUCGGUCACAAACUCGGCGGUUUGCAGUUUGCAUUUUCUACAGACGUGGAUGGUGGGCUUGGCGAUGUGGGCGUCUUCAAUUGAUCAAUGCGGAUGGUUCAUCAGAUUCUUAGAUUUCUAUCUCUUUUUUUCCUCGUCUGUUUUAUGGAGUGUGUUAUGGGGUGGCGUGGCUUUGCAUUAGACAAGUUUUUAUUCUUCCCAGAAUUCUCACCUGCAACGAACGAUCGAACGAACA